AAUUAUUUUCAAAAAAAAAAAUCAACCCUUUCAUAGGCCAGAGCUUAGAGUAAAAUUUUUUUCCGUAGUUCGAUAAUUAUUUUUUGUUUGACUAGCGCAAAAUACCGUCCACUGUUCAGUUUGAAUUUUACAAAAUGGCCCACAGGAUAUUCCAUAAAAUUAAUAAUAUAUCUCAGUAUUUGGCCCGUUCAUAUAGCGGAGAAGUACGAAAGGUAACCUUAAUCCCUGGCGAUGGAAUUGGUCCUGAGAUAUCAGCUGCAGUACAGAAAAUAUUUUCAGCUGCUCAAACCCCGAUUGAAUGGGACACAGUUGAUGUAACUCCUGUUAAAGCUCCGGACGGUACGAUGAAAAUCCCAUCCAAAGCUAUUGAAUCGGUAAAUACAAAUAAAAUCGGCUUGAAGGGGCCUUUAAUGACUCCGGUCGGUAAAGGGCAUCGUUCUUUGAACUUGGCACUCAGAAAAGAAUUUAAUUUAUAUGCCAAUGUGAGGCCAUGUCGUUCUCUCGAAGGGUAUCCAACAUUGUAUGAAAACGUAGAUGUAGUAACCAUUCGUGAAAACACCGAAGGCGAAUACUCUGGAAUCGAACAUGAAAUUGUCGAGGGUGUUGUACAGUCAAUCAAGCUAAUUACUGAGGAAGCUUCUACCAGAGUAGCAGAGUUUGCUUUCAAAUACGCUGUUGAGAAUAAACGAUCCAAAGUUACUGCUGUGCAUAAAGCUAACAUCAUGAGAAUGUCAGAUGGAUUGUUUUUGAGAUGUUGUCGUAAAGCGUCUUCAAAAUAUCCACAAAUUAGAUUUGAAGAGAAAUACUUAGAUACUGUAUGUUUGACUAUGGUGCAAGAUCCUGGUCAUUACGAUGUUCUUGUCAUGCCAAACUUGUAUGGUGAUAUUUUGUCUGAUAUGUGCGCCGGUUUGGUCGGAGGUCUAGGACUAACGCCCAGUGGAAAUAUAGGCAGAAAUGGUGCUCUAUUCGAAUCGGUUCACGGAACUGCUCCAGAUAUUGCAGGAAAAGAUUUGGCCAACCCUACCGCUCUUUUGUUAUCAGCCGUCAUGAUGUUACGUCAUAUGGAACUUAACAGUUAUGCCGAUGUUAUUCAAAGUGCGUGUUUUGAAACAAUAAAAGAAGGUCAAUACAGAACCGGAGAUCUUGGUGGAAAGGCAAAAUGUUCCGAGUUUACAAAUGAGAUUUGUCGUAAAAUAGAACAAUCGUCAUAACUUAACAAUUGUCGUUAAAUAUUUAUUAUUUUUGAUAAAUUGAUUACGAUCAUUGUAUUUUUGUAUAUUUUGUGCAAACACUAGGCUACACAGAAUUAGCAAUAACCCUUCGAGUUUUUCGUGUUCCUUUUUUAUUUUAUUAUUUAUACAUAAUAAUAAAUAAAUUAUUUAUUAAAGUUGUAAAUUAGUUAAAUAAUUUAGACGAUUUUAAUGUAAUUAUUUCAUUUUAUUCAGAGUUUUUAUUCUGUGAUAAUUAUAAGACAAUUUUAAUUAAAUAACCAUUCAAAGUCAUCCAAAACAUUUUAAACAUAAUUUUUCAUUGUAUCAUUCAUUAUGUUUUACUACUUUAUUUUUAAUUUUCAUGAACUUACUCACUAAACGUAUUGCAAUUAAAUUAAUGACCAUGACUUCAAAUAUAUUUUUAGUAAAAUACUCAAUACCUACAGAACUUAAGUAUAUUAUAUUAUUUUAUCAUAUUUUUAGCUACAGUUUCUCCUAAUACCAAACAUAUUGUGUACCAAAAUAUUAAGUGUUUAAUAGUUAGAAUAUAAAUAAAUGUAUCAAAAAAAAUUGUUUGAUAAUUCGUGAUAACUAAUAAAUUAAAUAAUAUUACAUGAUAAAUUUUGUUUGUUUAAUUUAUUUAUUUAAAGUAAUAACAAUAGAUUGUUGUGCCUAGUCACUAGCCGGUAUUAUUUAUGUAUAAUAAUAAACUAUGUAUUAUUGAAAUUUACUGUUUCUUAUUAUUAUUAUUUAGAAUUUUUUUUAAUUUAAACUUUGUAAUGCACUAACAAAAUUACAUUUGAAGUAAUAAUAAAUAAUUUUAAAAAUUUUCUGUUAAUGGACACUGCUUAAAUUAAAAUUGUUUUAUUAUUGCUGUGUGCUAUGACAAUUUGCAAAAAUAUGUGUACUAUAACGAAUAUGGAAAAUGUUUAUUUAUUUAUAUUAGAACUUCUGCUAGCAAAAUCGCUUGCAUUUUCUGUUGAUACUUCUUAACGGAUGCUUUUUUCUGUUUCAAACAGUUUUCGUCAGGGUAGCAUUCUUUCGAAACUAAUGUCUAAUAACAUCGCUGUCAAACUUAGCAUAGCCGGCAUAGUAUUUAAUGAUUGUACAAUUUCUUCUGUAUACAAUACUUCCAAAUAUUCCUCUUACAAUUGUAUUGAUUAGACGUUGACAAAUAAAAUAUUGGAAAUCUUGUAGAAUAAAA